CGUCGUCGCUUACAUUCUCCACGCCUUCACGACUUCUGACUUGGUUAUUCUUUGAUCCAAAUGAAUUCGUUUUCGCUCUCGUUUCCCACUCAGCGCGACAAUCCGUUGCUGCUGCUGCAUGAGAAGAGUGAAGGUGCUGCUCUUUACAGUACAACUAAUUCGAAUGCUAAUGUGAACUUCGGCGCACCGCAGAAAAAUAAUUCGUAUCCGCACGGGCACGACCAAAGUUACUUUCCAGAUUUCGCGAUGAACCAAAAUUCGUUGCUGUUUCAGCAUACUAGGGAAACGAAUACUAGUAGGCAUCACACCCACUUUGAAGACCACAAUAGGGGCCGAAGUGUAGAAAGGCAUGGUCUGACCAAAUACCAGAGAAAUAAGACGACUUCGUUUACAAAUCAAAAUCAUACCGCCCCUGGUGCUCUAAAAAAACAAGGCAGCGCCAGAAUAAAUUUGCCCUUUUCGUCACCGACCGUUUCGCCUUUGUCAGAAAAAAGGCCUUCCCCGGGCGGAAGAGCAAGGAACGACCUUCAGUCCAGCCCCUCCAACCGACCCCCUGGCAGUCUCUCGGUGGACACUGAGAAAAAUCUGAAUUCUUGGCAUCAACUACAGCUCGCGACUAGCACCAACAUGGACGUCUCCCAGCUUUCCCUCGAGGGAGGGGGCAGCAGCGGCAAUGAGCAGAAAAGAGGGCGGAGCAGCAAAAGGGUAUAGUAUCAAUUUGUCUUUGAUAGUAGUAGCACUAGCACUCGUAGUUGUAGAACUUUUACUACCAGUGCCACUUGGGCAUACUGGCGUCUGGUGCAUGGUAGUCGUGGUAGAAAACGAUUGUCAUUGUGACGCCCUGCGCGUUGUAUCAUGACAGACAAAACUAGUGGAUCGGAAAGUGCAAAAAUGCGAACAAUUCGAAAGAGAUUUGUAAUGGCAAAAACACAUCUAUGAUUACAGUCAAGCGCCGCCCGUGCGCAAAAGGAGGGAAAAGAGGAGAAGGAGUUCAAGGACCAGACGACCAAGAAAAAUCUGAAUAACGUGCAACUGAAGCUAAGCAGAAAUAUGGCGGAGCUGCAGGAGGUAGUAGUUUUUUUAGCUGUGAUGUGUACAACAGUGCCUGUUUCCAUACACAGACGCGCGAGUCUGCGUGAAGUAGGACCACGGAUGAAACUACAUCCUCAAUUUUUCGUGCAUGCAAGUAGUGCAAGGCGACAGUUUUUUUGGUUUUCAAUUUCAUUUUCUUGUGACCUGUAAAAAAAUGCGUUUCCUUCAACAUGAACAACAGAGCAUCCUGCCGAUUAUGCUGCAGAAUCAGAUGAGCGACAAAAAGGGUGGCUCAGAAAUGGGUUCCAAAUCCAGCUCGAAAAGAAAAAGCACGUUUGGCAGCGAAGAGGCAGAAGUGCAGGCCAAGAGAAUGGCGCAGGUUUGAUCAUGUUGAUACAUUCAUAGUUUUUGCUUUUAAGUAGGCUUCUGUAGUUGUAUUGUCUGAGUCUACAACGUACUUCUAUGUCUAUCUUGCGAUUGCAGGUCCUUCCAACGAGGAGUGACAGUCCUUGACUUUUCUCACCGACUUGCAACUUCUCUCACACGACGAUGGACAAUUUUGCGAUGGCUUUGAUCAUUCGAAAAACAUUUGUGCUUUGCAUAGUUGGAAAAAAGUGUACUUCGAAAAAUAAACCAGGUAAUGCUGAAUGGCAAAGGGCAACAGGGGCAGCUUCUAGCCGCCCUGAACGCGGACAUAGUAGCAUCGAAGGCAGUGGGGACAAAGGAGCACCCGCUCGAUAUUCUAGCAAAGCAUUGAGUCAAGUUGAACAUGAAUUCUCUUGUCAGACGAAGCAAAGCCAGCGGCGUGCAUUGUGCUGUGUUGUACCAGGGCUUGGCCGCAAAUUCCUUUUGCAUUCCUUCGCAUACAGAUCAUGCGAUGCAAACUUGAUUCAACAUUUUUCUAGCAUACGGGAGACACAAGACCUGAGGCAGUUGAUCAAGAUAGACGACAGAAUAGAAAUGUCGAAAAUAGGUACAGUGGUGGCUUACUUUCAACAUUUUCGAGUAGUGCAUUUGAAUGAAUACAAUUUAAAGUGUAAUAAAUCGCAACCCCACGACGACUAGUGGCAAAAACGCGAAUGGAGUGUUUUCGAAACAUCAACUUCCAGGCGCAGCCCGUUACCGUGCGGUUUCGGAGGAGGAGCUGCUGGCCGCCCAGGCAAGAAAAGACGAGGAGGACCGCAUAAAACGGGAGGAGGCGGAGCGCAAGGCACGGCGCAUGGAAGACGACGAUCAAACGCCAUCACCGCUGAACCAGCCCCGUACCCCCAGAAUGCGCCACGUCCGGAGCUACCGCUGCGCGACGGCGCGCGACCUGCAGCUGCUGCGCAAAGAAACUGUCAGGAGCCCCGACCACGAAAAGCACAAGAAGGAUCUCUCCUUCCUGGGAUAGCACCAUGGCAACGGACAAUAUCCCGAUCCUUUCAAUUCCACUUCUUUGUUUCAAGCGUUUACACUACACUCACAGUUUUGAAUUUGAUUUAAGUUUUCCAAUAGACAAAUGCACAUCCAAUUAUACCAAUCCAAUUUCCAAUAGAUCCAAUGCACAGUAGACGACGCUGCCUACUUACCAGUAGAGUAGCAGCGGAAAGAUGGGAAGAGCGCUCUCAUCUGCGCGCGCCAAUAAUCCAAUGUUGUUACAAUCCAAUAGAAGCAUUACCUCGUAACUCGUUGCUCGUGGACGUGGUAUCCGCGUUAGCAGUGCAACAGUUCGUAGGAGUGGGUUAUAGCAGCUGUGCGGUCGUGUGAGGAAAAUUUAUUUUCGCAAGAAGAGCAAAUGUCGUGUGGUGUACCAGCAUCGAGCUGACUAUACAACACGCUGCACGUCGACAGGGACAACACACAAAAACCGCGUAGCCGCACCUGCCAGAAGUAGUUCCACUUGAUUACCUGGGCCGAGGAAUGAGGAGGAUUUAUUUAUGUCGGUAUAAAUGAAUAAAAGCAAUGCUAACAGAAGCUGAUUAACCUACCUCAUGCAAAUGAACUCCGUGCUAAUGUUGAAUUUGAACGUGCGCUCACAUUAUUUCGCACGAUCUGUGUGGGCUAUUUUUUGUACAAUAAAGUCGACAACAAAUACCAUUGGCGUUGUCAUUGGAUAUAGAUAUCAACCGCUCGAAUUUUCAAUUCUAUCAAGAAGGCCCAGUCUUGAAAAAACGAACCUAGGCCCGCUCGUCUUGAUGUUGGUCCCUUUGAUGUGAGCAAAAAAUGUUGGUGUCCCCGUUUUUGAGUUAGCAUCAUGCGGACCUUUUUUGAAGUGGACAUGCGUAUCGGUCCUCUCUUGCAGCUUGUAGUGAAUUAUGCACGCCGGCGAAUUUGGAAAAAUCUGUGUUGUGCACGUCUACGUGUUACAGGUAGAAGUUCGGUUUUCAGACAGUAAAGUAAAAAAACUUUCGUUCUAUCUCUAUGUCUUCGUAGUUUUGCGUCGGUCUGCAGCAACGAGGAGUGCUGUGAAGUUUUACGUACACAUUUUCGUA